CACCCCAUUUUUAUACUUGUUAGCCACGCCUCCGUGUCCGAUCCCGAUACGUGGUAGAGUAGAGAAGUGGAGUUUCUCUACUAACGGUAUAUACGCACGCAUUGUCCCGUUCUGUAAUCUUAUAGUGGUGUAAAAGUUUGGCCCACUAUCGUACACAUUGUAUUUAACGUCGUCGCAUAGUGACCCUCGUCGUUGUCGAAGAGAAUGAAAUAGCUGCUUGAUACUUGGGCGAAGAUGACGUAAUACGUUUUUAUCGAAUUACCAUAUGAUAAUAUAUAUAUACUAACGCGGUAACGACGAUGUACGUCGACAAGCAGCAGCAGCGGCAGCGAUAGGACAAUAGUCAAAAUUCGGAAGUGGACGGAAGCAACGGAGAUUGGAGAAUUUAUUUACAAAAUAUCGCUCAGUCACUUUGUAACCAGGAACAAAGUGUUGAAGUCACGCGCUGCUUAAUUUUUCCGAGGUUGUUCCUCUCGUGCCCCUUAUAUAUACUUUUUAUUCAUUUCGUUCGGCUUGUUUGGACUGUCACAAUAAUACACCAAGCUGAUAAAAAAUGGAUAGUAACAAAGAUGAAGCUGAUCGUUGCAUGGAAUUGGCCGAACGUUAUGUGCGCGAAAAAAAGUUUGACGAGGCUGAAAAAUUUAUACGAAAAGCAAUUAAACUCUAUCCAACCAAACGAAUGGAAGAUAUACUGACACGGGUUUCGGCCCAGGCAAAACAGAAUAAAAGAGCAUCACCGGAACCUGAAAUAAGAAAACGUCGUGCCUCUUUGAAAGAUACCAUUAAUGGUCACUCGGCGACUGAAUACAGCAAGGAUCAAAUAGAGUCUGUUAAAAGAAUUAAAAAAUGCAAGGAUUACUACGAGAUUUUGGGAGUGACGAAGGAAGCGACAGAUGGAGACAUAAAAAAAGCUUAUAAAAAAUUAGCGCUUCAACUCCAUCCUGAUAAAAAUAAAGCUCCUGGUGCGGCUGAAGCAUUCAAAGCUAUUGGAAACGCAGUGGCUGUACUCACUGAUGUUGAAAAACGUAAGCAAUACGACUUGUAUGGUUCGGAAGAGGAACGUAUGCAAUCUGCUCAUUCUCGCCAGACUCAUCCGCAUUACAAUUACACGCGAGGAUUCGAAGCGGACAUAACGGCAGACGAAUUAUUCAACAUGUUUUUUGGUGGUGGUUUCCCACAACAAGAAUUUUACGUGCGUCGCGGUGGUCGAUGGACACGACAAAAUGCACCCGAACCUUAUCCCAGACAUACCCAGCAAGGAUACACGGCCUUUCUUCAGAUGUUGCCGGUACUUCUCCUCAUAGUGUUAACAAUGAUGAGCAGUUUUUUCAUAUCCGACCCCGUGUACAGUUUAUACUCUAACGCGAAAUACAAUGUUCAUAGAACAACCCAAGACCUCAAAGUUUCUUAUUAUGUCAAGGAAAACUUUCACAGCGAGUACCAGGGUAGUUUGAGGAGGCUCGAAAUGUCCGUCGAAGAAGAUUAUAUGAACACUCUGAGUCUUGCUUGUUCAAGGGAGAAAAAGUAUCGCGAAGCGAUGAUGUGGAAAGCAAGAAAUUUCGACGAUUCGGAAUCACUUCAAAAGGCGAGAAGCAUGGACACACCGUCGUGCAAGAGAUUUAUGGAGAUGCGCCAACAUGCGAGAACAGCGAGAUGAAUGAAAUCCAGUCUGAUUAAUGUAGAUAGAUAGGUGUAUUAUAUACAUGCAUAUUUACACCAGCGUGGAUUUUAUUCGGAGAGUCGGAAAAUAGAAAUUCGCUUGGGUGAGAGAAGAGAAUGAAUUGAAUUGAAAGAACGGAAGAUCGAGCGAGGGCGGGGGGUCAUUAGGAAAUUGGAAGAGAAUUCAAUAAACCUCGAUUGACCGACUUUUUCCCAAAAAUCUGCGAACAAGUUGUUUUUCAUACACGUUUCCGCGUCUAUAUCGUUGCUAAUUUAGAAUAUUUAGGUGCACUUAUUUAUUUAAUGCCCCCGUUCCCACCGGUAGUUUUUUGAAUUUCCUUCUACGCUGUAGAACGCGAAUUUUAAAGAAUAAAAAUGCCGAGUAUAGCGUAAAUCACCGUGUCGUCACAUUGAUGUUGGUAGACGUAAAGGAAAAAGAAAAAACUUUGCGUACGAUCGGGCAUGUAUCGAAAUUUUUAUUUGUUGAAAUAUUUAGUUUGAAUUAUCCAUAAAAAAUAAAAUUGAUACGAUAAUAUUGGAUUUUUCUUUUUUCGAAAAUUGAAGGAAUUUGGUGUCAACCGUGGAAAAUCAGCCCGAUAAUUCGGGGCGUUCCAGAUAUAAAAUUUAGUUAGAGCGCCUUAAUCGCGUACGUUUCGUACAAGCGAACGAAAAAAUACCCUGAAAAUGUUAUUAUUUAUUAUAGAUUUUUUAUUUGUACACAUAAUACAACAAAAGUUAAAAACAUCGUAUUUCGUUUAUCACAUGUCGGUGGUAACAUAAUAUACACAUAUGUAUUCUUUCUCCUCCAGUUUUCUUUUUUUCUCUUUUCUCUGACAAUUUUUCAUCUCCUCCAAACGUGAGAUUACAAAAACAUUAUCGUAAACUUGGUUGAGCGAUAUUAUUUUCUAGACUUAAUCCUAUACUGAUUUACGACAGGCGGAAAGAACCUUUCAAAUUAUUUUUCAGCUAUGUACAAUCAGCGCAGGGCGUUCGUUCGUAAUUAGUCCAUUUCACGCCAAACCGGUGCAUCGUCGUCUAACGGUGACGUACAUAAUUUAUUUAUUUUCUCAGAAAUUUUCGUUCAAUUGAUGUUUAUCUAGAAAAAAUCAUUGUCGCCUCACACUUAUGGACUUUUUAUCGGAAACACCGAACAUAUUUUUUACAAUAUUGUCCAUAUCCCAAGCUUCGAUAUGAAUCCAAACUUUUGUUUUCACCAUGUAACUCAUACAGUUGAUUUCAUUUUUAAAUAAAGUUCAUUGAGCAUGCAUGCUCGUGACGAGGAGGGUACGGAGCUAUGCUAAAAAUAUUGAAUAAUAUAACGAAAGAACAAAAAAAGUUUGUCGAUAUAUUUUGAAAAAAAUCGAAAUCCUCUAUAAUUGACGGAUUUUAUUUUGAUGUAUCCGUGAUGCAUAAGAUAAAUCGUGCAAGAUUUGGAAAUAGUAUUAUUAAUAAUUGAAAAAUCCUUGCAUCCACAAAUAACGAUUUAACCGAAAUAUAUCAUUUUUUCCCGAAAAAUCACAUUUUUUUUUGGUAAUUAUGCAGAAGGGGGACACCACUCCAAUUUUAGGGGAAAUUCUUUUUUUUUCUUUUUCUCGUAUGAACGUCUUUUCAGCAUGUCGCUAUUAGUAAAUUUGAACCGGGAAACACACGAUAAAAUCGGGCAUUUUUGUACAUCUCGGAGGGGUUCUCAUGGAUUUUGCGGUGUUAACGAUUCCGCGAACUCAUCCAAAGAUAUGCUCCGGAUCGACCCAAUAAUUUCAGUGUGUUCAACGAUUCCCCAUAUACAUCCAAAGGUGUUGCGGACCUACCCAACGAUUCUGCGCAUCCAUCUAAAAAUGUUCCGGACCGUUGUUACAUCGUUACUAAUUCACAAGAUGCAUUACAAAAAAAAAAAAUGGUGUCAUUUUAAGGUGACGCCUCACUUCUGCAUAAUUACCUUUUUUUUUCCAUGCUCUCUCAAUAAAAAUUGUCGAAAGAAUGUACUUUUCCUAUUCAUAAGUUGUGUAAUUCUUCAUGUUACCGAUAAACUAGGCACGAUAAUAAUGUUCUCGUUCAUACUUUUUGAACACUCUUAUAUUUACUUACUUAGUUACUCGAUUUCAUACACACAUUUUACAAUAAAUAGAAGAUUAUAAUACGUUUGUCGUACAAAAAAUGAUAGAAAAAUGAAUGAGUCCGUGAAAUGACUUGCGAAUCGUAGGACAAUAGUAGCUAACGAAUGAAUAGCGUGGGCAAGCGUUAUUUUCUUCAUUUUGUCUAGAAUUCUGUUUUUCGUGUGGUGAUUCGUUGCGACCGGUUCACUUGUCCCAAGCAACUUUGAAGAAAAGACCUCUUCAAAUGUCUUCAAGUGUCGGUAAAAAAAUUUUAUCAAUAAACAAUACAUUCUAUCACAAGAAAGAAAAAAAAAGCAGGAUUUUGCAUUAGAAUGCGGACGCAAAAAAUAAAUGAAGAGCGAGUAGAAAAGUACGAAAACGUUGAAAAUUUGUAAUUUUAAUAUAUUUAUUUCGAUGUCACAGUCAGAAUUUCAUCAUGUUUUUUGUUUGUUUUUUUUUUCACAGUCAUGAACCCCAAAAUUAUUUGUUUAAUAUAUGGUAUAACGACGUUCAGUUAGACUCUUUAGUCGAGCAUCCAUUCGCUGUAUUGACAAGACAAAAUAACAAGAAAUAAAGUUCAAUAAAAACACGCGGAAGUUCGACGACAUGGAUGAUACAAAAAAUAGAAGAAAAUUAAUUUAGUCUAUUCCCAUUUCUGACAUUGAAUGGAAAUACAAAUAAUUGCCUCUACUGUAAAAGGUAUGAACAAACGAUGCUAAGAAAAUGACAAUGGCGUUUGAAGAAUGAAUUUCAAAUAAAAAAAAUUGGACGAUUAUACUAGCCUACUUCUUCAAUAAAGAAAGAGUUGAAACAAUAA